GCUUCUGGGGAAAGGUGCCCUGCCUUCUCUCACAGUCGUCUCCAGCGGUCCUGGGAGCUUUGCAAAGUAGCAUGUGCUACCUCCGAACACAGGAAUGGUGUCUGGUCCUGCUGCUGCUGCUCCUGCCUCUGAUAACGGGACUUCAAGAUCAUUCACCACUAGAGAAAAAUGUUCCAACUGGCAGCAACAUAACCCUGAACGUCCUCAAGAAAGAUCUUGGAUCCUACACACGUCUCACCUGGCUUCACACUACCAAACAGAAGAUUUUAGAAUCUGAAUAUAAUAGUACAGAUACUAUCUACGAUUCUGUAUUUAAGGGCAGGGUCAAACUUGACCAUACAAGUGGUGAACUUCAUAUCUCUAAUGUUCGGAAAGAAGACAAAGGUCUCUACUACAUGAGAGUAUUACGUGAAAGUGAGGAAGAGUACACGAUAACCCUGAAUGUAUUUGAUCCUGUGUCCAAGCCAUCCAUAAGUUUUGAGAGGACUGAAGAUUCGGCUGAGUCUUGUCAUUUGAAGCUAUCAUGUAAUGCAGAGGGACAGGAUGUUGACUACACUUGGUAUGACAACACGAGGCCCCUCCCCAAAGAGGGUCAAGGGUAUGUGCUUGACCUCAUCAUCACUCCCCAGAACUGGUCUGCAUCAUACACCUGCCAAGUCAGCAACCCUGUAAGCAGCAAAAACGACACAAAAUACUUCACUUCGUUUUGUAAAGCCAAAUCCUCUGGAGUACUUCGGACCACUUGGCUGGUGGUCAUGGUACCCAUCAUUUAUGCCUUCCUGCUGACCUGAGAUGAACUCUUCUCACUCAAGAAUGAAACUACGAGGCCACAAGACCCUGCCUUUAUUACCAGCAGUACUCCUAACCAGGAAAGCAGCUCUGACUCUAUGGGACAGAAGAAAUUGUGUUGUUGAACAUUUGUGAGGAUUUGCAUUUUCUUACCAUCCCAGUGUUAAGUCCAGGGCUUUGUGCAUGCUACAAAAGUUCUGUGCCUCUGACCCAUGUGUCCAUCCCUUUACAGAGAUUUUAUAAUAACCUUUUAAAAAUUGUGGUUAAUAUCUAAUUUUAUAUACCCUAUUUGUUUUCCAACAUUCAUUAAAGAUAGAUUUUUUUCACCGAAAUAUGUAACUACAUUA